AUGCUGCCCUUACAUAGCUCGGCUACCAAAGGGAAGAUGCAUCGCAAUGCCUUUUCGAAUGGGCAGGCGGGGGCAUAUCCGUCUGGAGGAAACGGUACCUUCUCCAUUCAACCUCACAAAUUCCAGCCGCGAUCACAGCCAGCUUUGCGGCGGCGCAGGCAAUUAAUACAGCGGAUACUCCUCGUCGGCGGAGUCUUCUUCACUGUUCUCUUUUUCUUCUUCCCUGACCUGAGACCGAAUCUUGGCUCCGGCCCGUUGAGUUACUUGACCUCGAGCGAUGAUGGUCAGCUCGAGACUAUUCGAUACUAUGACCUCAACAACGUGCAAGGCACAGCGAGGGGCUGGGAGCGGGAGGAGAGGAUAUUACUUUGCGCCCCUCUGCGAGAUGCUUCACCGCAUUUGCCCAUGUUCUUCUCUCAUCUGAAGAACCUGACCUACCCGCACAACCUCAUUGACCUCGCCUUCCUCGUCGGAGAUUCGAAGGACAACACCCUUCAGUUGUUGGAGGACAGCCUGAAGGAGCUUCAGGCCAACGAGGAUUCUAGACAGCACUUCGGAGAGAUAUCGAUCAUGCAGAAGGAUUUCGGCCAAAAGGUCAACCAGGACGUAGAAAGUCGACACGGUUUUGCGGCGCAGGCUGGACGUCGUAAGUCCAUGGCCCAGGCCCGCAACUGGCUCCUCAGCGCUGCCCUCCGGCCAACGCACAGCUGGGUCUACUGGCGAGAUGUCGAUGUCGAGACUGCGCCAUUCACGAUUCUCGAGGAUCUUAUGCGACACAACAAGGAUGUUAUUGUACCCAACGUUUGGCGUCCCCUACCCGAUUGGCUAGGCGGAGAGCAACCCUACGAUCUCAACUCGUGGCAAGAAUCGGAGACCGCCCUCGCCCUCGCCGACACCCUCGAUGAGGAUGCUGUCAUCGUUGAAGGUUACGCAGAGUACGCCACCUGGAGACCCCACUUGGCUUACCUCCGUGAUCCCUAUGGUGACCCUGAUAUGGAGAUGGAGAUUGACGGUGUCGGUGGUGUCAGUAUUCUCGCCAAAGCCAAGGUCUUCCGCGCGGGCGUUCACUUCCCUGCUUUCAGUUUCGAGAAGCACGCAGAAACCGAAGGUUUCGGAAAGAUGGCCAAGCGCAUGAAAUUCUCCGUUGUUGGUCUCCCGCAUUACACCAUUUGGCAUCUUUACGAGCCUAGUGUUGACGACAUCCGCCACAUGGAAGAGAUGGAGAAGGAGCGAAAGGCAAAGGAGGCUGAAGAGGAGGCCAAGAAGGCACGUCUGGAGAAGAUCAACAGCCAAUUCGAUUCCAAGUCCAGCGACUGGGAGAGGGAGAAGGCCAAGGUCCAAGACGCAGUUCAGAAGGAGAAGAACGAUGAGGCCGAGAGGCAGAAGCAAGAGGAGGAGGCCAAGAAAGAAGCGGAGAUCAAGAAGGAGACCCCAGCGGAGAGGUUCGAAGAGAAGCCGGAGGGCCAGCAAGCGGAGAUCAAAGAGGAGAAAGUGGACAAGCCGGAGCAAGUCAACGAAGAGAGGCAGGAAGCUCCUAAGAAAGCCCGUGACUCUUAA